AGAGCUUCAGUCUCUUUCAUCAACCAUUUAGGGAGGAAUUCAGAUGUCCCCACAAUGACCUUCCUCUCAGAGAUCUUAUCCUGGGCAGAAAAUGGCCAUCCCAGUAUGUAACCCCAAGUUUAUUUGUCUAUGGAAGGCUUAAGAAUUGGACUUUUUGGAAACCAUUUCUACAUUAUACAGUCACCUCCACCACAUGGAACCUGUGAAUCUUACACAAAUUUCAGAAUUUCUUCUUCUGGGAAUUUCAGAGAAGCCAGAACUGCAGCCCCUCAUAUUUGGGCUUUUCCUCUCCAUGUACCUGGUCACUGUGUUGGGAAACCUGCUCAUCAUCCUGGCUGUCAGCUCAGACUCCAACCUCCAUACACCUAUGUACUUCUUCCUCUCCAACCUGUCCUUGGUAGACAUCUGUUUCACCUCCACCACCAUCCCAAAGAUGCUGGGGAACAUCCAGACACAGAGCAAAGUCAUCACCUAUGCAGGCUGCAUAACCCAGAUGUAUUUUUAUACAUUCUUUGCAGUGUUGGACAAUUUUAUCCUGACAGUAAUGGCCUAUGACCGGUUUGUGGCCAUCUGCCACCCCCUGCACUACACAGUCAUCAUGAACCCCCAGCUAUGUCGACUCUUGGUUCUGGUGUCCUCCAGCAUGAGUGCCCUACAUUCCUUGCUACAUAGCUUAAUGGUGUUGAGGCUGACCUUCUGCUCAGACUUGGAAAUCCCCCACUUUUUCUGUGAACUCAAUCAGGUGGUCCACAUUGCCUGUUCUGACACCUUUCUUAACAGCCUUAUGAUAAAUUGUCUAACUGUGCUGCUGGGUGGUGGUCCCCUUGCUGGGAUCCUUUACUCAUACUCUAGGAUACUUUCCUCCAUAUGUGCAAUCCCAUCAGCUCAGGGGAAGUAUAAGGCAUUUUCUACCUGUGCAUCUCACCUCUCAGUUGUCUCCUUAUUUUAUGGUACAAGCCUAGGAGUGUAUCUCAGCUCUGCUGCUACCCAAAACUCACAUUCAAGUGCAACAGCCUCGGUGAUAUACACUGUGGUAACUCCUAUGCUGAACCCCUUCAUCUACAGUCUCAGGAACAAUGACAUAAAGAGGGCCCUAGAAAGAUUAUUUGGAAGAUAAGCUAACUAUACUAGUCUGAAGAAGUGCCCAUGAAUGCAGGGUUCAAAGCCUCAGAGUCUGAUGUUCUGACACAAAUAAAGCCAAUCUUUGGACCAUAUGUAAUUGGAAAUUCUAGUUAUCUCAUGAGUUAACUUGAAUUACUUUACAAUAAUUUAUUCUCUUAUGACAUAUAUCAUUCCAAGUAAUUUUUCUAUUGUUUUCCUCAAAGAAUAGUCAUGAAUUAUGCUAUUCCUAUGGACAAAACUGCACUUGGCUACUAAGGGCAUUUACAUAAUUUUAUU